CUCAGCUGCGGUGUCGCACUUCUGAGAGGCUCUGGCGUGGGGCAGGGCCGCGUUUGUCUGGGACCCGCCUCAAGCCUCGCAGCCUUUCACCCGGUUUCCACUCGAUUCUUGCUGGGACAGCAUAAUUGGGAAGCGGUUCUGGAAACAUACUCUCAAGGCGUAGUUGCAGAACUACAUAUGUGAUUAAGGAGAUGGGGAAAAUUAUCCUGGAUUGUCUGGAUGGCUGGACAUAAUCAAAGAGUCCUUAUAAGAGGGAGACAAGAUGUCAAGAGAGGGGAGAAGAUUCUACACUGCUGGCUUUGAAGAUAGAGGGAGGAGUUCUGAGCAAAGGAUAGCAGGGAUUAAAAUGGUGAUAGAAAGCCUCAUGGUGUCUGAACAGGAAUUGUCAAGCAUUCAGCUUCAUAGUAGAGCAGGGUUUAUCAUUGGAAGUUUCUCAAACAUUUAAAGAAGGAAAGGGACAAUAAAGUUUGGUCGCCCAACUCACAUUGAUGCCUAAGACCCAGCUGAUUUCUCUUCAUUUCUGCAAAGUUACUGUACCAUGGCAGGCCAACGAACAUGUCAAAGGAAGAGCAGCAGAGCUGGCCCCAAGAAAAUGCAAGAACCUCCAAGGAGCAUUGAAGAAUUCUUGAAGUUUCAAAAUUGGGAUUAUUGGCCAAGGGAAAUCCAUUUUAGAGAUGACGAUGAAUGGUCAUGCACUCUGAAAAAAAUAAAAGAAGAUAGUUCAUUUGUUUCAAUUUAUACACACCUAUGGGAAAAUGUUCCUCGAAUAUUUGAAGCACUUUUGAUCAUGGAAUCAAAAUUAAAGGAAUAUUCACUUAUUUUGCAAAACCACACCUCUAAAAUAUUUAAGUGGAAAAGCAUGAUUUCUGAGACAAGUUCUUAUAGAAAAUUGGAAAGAUAUGGGGAAUUUCUAAAGAAGUACCAUAAGAAAAAAAACAUAAUGCUUUCAGAUGAAAUGGAGACAGAGAAGAAUAUAGAGGGUUGCAGCUUCACAGGAUUCAAAGCAAAUGAACUUACUAAGCUACCCAGACAUUUGGAUGCCGAACGAAUUUAUCUUUUUAUUUUAAAAGCCCAUAAUUUUGAUGAAAGAGUUUUUAAAAUCUGGAAGACUCAUUUUCUCUCAGAAGCCUCCAUUGCUCUUUUGCAUGACUCCUUUUGGUGGUGGUUCCUCCAUAAAUUCAAGCCUGACAGAGAAAACCAAGAUUGCUUGUUCGAUAGAAUUUCAGAAAGUUAUGUGACACUUUUCAUGAGCAUACCUCUAAGUCGAAAGGAUGCAUUCUUUCAGAUAUAUCCUGAUUGUUUGGCACAAGCCAUAUAUGCAACAUUCCAUGAAGCAUUUCCAGAAUCUAGUUACCUCUUUAAUGAUGAAUUUAAAGAAGAUCUAGGGAAUACCAUUUUUCUUUGGUGUUCAGGUUUAAAACCUCAAAAAGGCUUUUGGACCCACUGGAAACUGAAAGAACUCUCCACAACCACCAUUCAUGGUAGCAAAAAAGCACAUGCAAAAUCAGUAAAGGAAAGAAUUGCAGACAGUCAAGAACGUAUAACAACUACUAUCGACUUCAAUAUUAUAAAGAUUCUAAACAACCCAAGAGCACAUGCGUUGCCCAUAUCCAAGGAAGAAUCAGGAUUAUCAAGACUAGCAACAAAGUCGCACUAUAGUAGUACUGGUCCAGAGUUUAAUCGUGUUCUCUUCAAUUUUGGAGGUCAGAGUCCAUUGAUUUUAUAUUAUCUUAAGAUGCAUGAGCUGGCUGGUAUUUCCAAAGCACCUAAGAAAACCGAGAUUAAACUCACUAAGAUAUUCCAGGAACCACUACCUGCUCCAACAUACCGUGAUGUUAUAAAGGAGGCAAAAAGACAAUUUGCAAGGAACCAAAAGGAUUUUAAGAUGGAAAAACUCAGAAUUAAUGAAGAAAUAAAACUUCUAAAAUGGCAGCAGGAAAGAAUUGACAAGGAGCUUGAUAGACUCCAAGCAAAGGCUACCAAGAAACCUCACGAAGUGAAACAGGACUUUGAGAAGUUCCUACAUGAACUGCGUUCUGGAGCUGAAAUUGAGAGAGAAUGUGUGGCAUCACUGUCGUCAUCAUCAUCAUCAUCAACAGAGAACUACAACUUUGAGGAAGAACAGUACUAAGAGAAACCGGAAAUGAACUCUAUUCAAGAAUAAUGCGUACAAUUCAAUGGUAUCAGUUUAAUUGUAACAAUAUAUUUAAUUCAAAUGUAAUCAGUAUUAAGAGUGUGUUUUACCAUUCAUCUUUAAAAUCUUCAAAUGAAUAAAUCUCAGUAAAUUAUUCUUAAAA